UUCUGGUGAACCAGACGGAGCGGUACCUAUUUAUCUACUUGCACUUUGACGUGCUUUCGAACUGCUAGGUUGGCAGGAGCUGGGACCGUCGCAGGGAUUCGAACUACUGACCUUCCGAUUGGCAAGCCCUAGGCUCUGGUUUAGACCACAGCGCCACCCGCCUCCCUCAUUGGAACUGUAGUUCCUCUCUAAUGGAGCAACGAUUCCCACCUAUAGGUGAAACUCGGAAAAUCAGAAUAUCGUCAAAGUGCAUUUAUUUCAGUAAUGCAACUUAUUUUCUUUUAAUUUUUACAAAUGCUUUCUUUUGGAAAUUCCACAGUAAUAAAACAAAUAGUUACAAUAAUACAAAAAUAAACAUCGCUAUUACAUUUCAUUAAUUACAUUCCAUUUAUAAUUGACCCGCCUAACGACAUAAUUACAAUUACAACAAAUAAAGGCUUGACAUUUCUUGCUUUGCAUGUCAUGCAUCUAUCUCGUAUAUUGGUUUCACUUUCUAAGUUGCAUUACUGAAAUAAAUGCACUUUUCGACGAUAUUCUAAUUUUCCGAGUUUCACCUGUACUCUAAUAAACUACAGCCCGCAUGAAUCUUGGGGAAGUGCGCAACUUCUGCGCAGAAGGUAUAUACUGUAUUGGUCCGUAUCUCUUUGUUGCUAUGGAAACAGCCUCCCUUUGCCUCCCAUCCCGCCCACCUCGGGGUAGUGCUGUUGACGUCACAUCCUGCCUCGCGUCCUUCUUGGUAGCUCUCCUAAUGGAAGUGAGCCGUCUUUCGUGCCCCCUCCCUUUUAUUAAAAGUGGUACGGCCCAUCUCCGACUUUUGUCAGCAAGCCAGGAGGACGGCCGCAUUUCUUGCGCGGGGGUGUGUGUGUUGAGGGGCGGGAAAGAGCGGAGAGAGGAAGGAAGAAAAGGUAGCAGCUUGCUGGCUUUGUACUUGAAAAACUGCCAGGCAAGAUGCUACAAUUCCUGAAGCACCCAAUUGUAUUUUCCGUGCAGAUCAACAUGAAUCUGGUGGUUUUGACUGUGGUGGGAUUACUAAGCCGGUUGUGGGCCCUGUCCUACCCUCAUGCUGUGGUCUUUGACGAAGUUUACUAUGGCCAGUUCCUCUCUCUCUAUAUGAAGCGGAUCUUCUUUGUGGAUGACAGUGGCCCACCAUUUGGUCAUCUGCUUCUGGCCUUUGGAGGUUACUUGGGUGGGUUUGAUGGCAAUUUCUUGUGGAACAGAAUUGGUGCAGAAUACAAUCCCACUGUGCCAGUUUGGGCCCUGCGGCUGCUACCAGCCUUGGCUGGCGCCUUGUGUGUUCCUCUGGCAUACCAGAUCCUUGUGGAACUGCAUUACUCACACUUCGUUGCUUUUGGAGCUGCCCUGCUGUUUCUGCUGGAGAACUCCCUGAUCACUCAGUCCAGGCUGAUGCUACUGGAGUCCAUUUUAAUCUUUUUCAUCCUGCUGGCAGUUUUAUCUUAUCUGAAGUUCUACAACUCGCAGAAGCAAAGACCCUUUUCCGCAAGAUGGUGGUUCUGGCUCUUACUAACAGGACUUUGUUGCUCCUGUGCAGUUGGGGUGAAAUAUAUGGGUCUCUUCACGUACAUCCUGCUCUUGACCAUUGCAGGAGUCCACUCCUGGCAACUGAUUGGUGACCAGAACCUGCCCAAUUUGUCUCUGCUGUGCCACCUGCUAGCCAGAGGUCUGGCCCUCGUGAUCCUCCCAGUAGCCACAUACCUGUCUUUCUUCUACAUCCACUUGGCUCUGCUGUAUCGCUCAGGCCCACAUGACCAGAUCAUGAGCAGUGCUUUCCAAGCGAGUUUGGAGGGUGGUCUCGCUCGGAUCACGCAAGGCCAGCCUCUGGAGGUGGCAUAUGGCUCCCAGAUCACCUUGCGCAACAUCCUGGGGAAACCCAUGCCCUGCUGGCUGCAUUCUCACAAGAAUACUUACCCUAUCAGGUAUGAAAACGGCCGUGGAAGCUCCCACCAGCAACAAGUCACCUGCUACCCUUUCAAGGACGUCAACAACUGGUGGAUUGUGAAGGACCCUGGGAUGCAGCAGCUGGUGGUGAGCAACCCCCCUCGCCCCGUGCGCCAUGGCAGCAUUGUGCAGCUUGUUCACGGGAUCACAACUCGCUACCUCAACACACAUGACGUUGCUGCGCCCCUGAGCCCUCAUUCCCAAGAGAUUUCCUGCUACAUUGAUUACAACAUUUCCAUGCUGGCUCAGAAUCUCUGGAGAGUGGAAAUCGUGAACCGAGACUCGGAUACAGAUGUCUGGAAAACAAUCCUGUCUGAAGUAAGGCUUGUCCAUGUGAACACCUCGGCAGUGCUAAAGCUCAGUGGCGCAUCUCUACCCGAGUGGGGUUAUCGGCAGCUGGAGAUAAUCGGGGAGAAGAUUUCUAAAGGCUACCACCAGAGCAUGCUGUGGAACGUGGAAGAACACAGAUAUGGGAAAAGCCAGGAACAGAAGGAGAGGGAGGUGGAACUGCAUUCACCAACGCAGAUCAGCAUCAGCCAGAACCUCAGUUUCAUGGCCAAGUUCACGGAACUGCAGUGGAAGAUACUUACUCUGAAAAAUGAAGACACAGAACACAAAUAUAGCUCUUCUCCCCUGGAAUGGAUUACCCUGGACACAAACAUCGCCUACUGGUUCCACUCCACCUCUGGGGCCCAGAUCCACCUUCUGGGGAACAUCGUCACCUGGAUGUCUGCCAAUGCAGCCACUGCUGCCUACGUGGCUCUUUUCCUGUGGUACCUGCUCCGGCGGAGACGGAAUAUCUGUGACAUCCCUGAAGAGGCAUGGUGGCAGUGGGUGUCAGCUGGAGGCCUCUGCGUGGGAGGCUGGGCCAUGAAUUACCUCCCAUUCUUCCUGAUGGAGAAGACGCUCUUCCUCUACCACUACCUGCCUGCUCUCACUUUCCAGAUCCUCCUGAUCCCUGUUGUCCUACAGCACACCAGUGAAUACCUCUGCAGAUCCAGACUCUCAAAGAGCAUGCACAGUGCUCUUGUGGUUGCCUGGUUCUCUUCUGUUUACCUGACCUACCACACAUUCCGACCGCUCACCUACGGGAAACCUCCGCUCACCAAAAGUCAGCUCCAGGACCUACGCUGGAAGGACAGCUGGGACAUCUUGAUCAGCAAGCACUAGCCUUGCAAGACAGGCAACAAACAGCCCCCUGGGCAACUUAGCCCACUGAUCAUGCCUGCGAACACAUGUACUCUGACUGCUUGAUGUGAGGACUUAGAACAGGGGAAGCCUGUCCUGUUUGCCCACCUGAAGCAAAACAGAAAGGUGUCGGCUGUGCUGCAAAAACCUUGCUUACUGAGGUUGUGGAGCUGUGGGUUUUGGCAGGGGUGGGUUUCCAGGGUGUUCCCCCAUGAAGUGAGAUCUCACAAGUGUGUUGCAAGAUCUUGCCAGAAGCUGCUACUGCUCCUCACUUCUCCCAUGGUUGCGGCAGAGGUUGGGAUUGGGUUUCUGUGGGGGUUAGAGGAAAGAAUGGUCAGGCUGUCAUAAUUCCACUGUUCAUUCAGCCUUGCCCAUCCUGCCAACUGAUGACCAGUCUUGACACCACCUUUUAAACUGAAAUGGAAUCAUAGAAUUGUAGAGUUGGAAGGCGACCCAAGGGCCAUGUAGCUCAACCCCUUGCAAUGCAGGAAUCUCAACUAAAGCACCCAUGACAGAUGAUCAAUGAAAACCAUUGAUUCGGAGUCCAAAAAUCGGGAGUUGUAGCAUUUUGCUACUCCCUUAUGCAUUAAGCAACAGGAGAAAAGGUGGCAUCAGAAUUGGCCCACUGUAAAGCAAUAUUCCCACUCUGUUUCCAGUAAACUAGAGUCCAGGAGGUUGAAUAUGGUUGGCAGCCGAGUCCAUCUCUUGCUGAACUCAGAUCAAGUUCUGUGAUUCUGCGGCUCAAGAGGAAAGGGUGAUGGUCUCCAGAGAAUGCAGAGACACUGCUGGGCAAUGUCUCACCUUGGCGUUCGGUUAUUAUCACUGUAAAUUAUUUUAUUUGCUUGUUGGAACUGUAUGUAUCGUUUUAGAAUGAGGGGGGUGGAGCACAAUCAGUGAAUAAAAUGUAGACAUGGGAGGAGAAAUAAUUGGAAGCUGGGCAACUUAAAAAAAACAACAACAACAGAAACUUGGCCUAAAGUGCUAACAAAGCAGGGGACACAGAGUGAUCUUCAACAUACUCUUGCUUUAAACUCUGCCUUUUAGACAGAGCCUUCCUCCUUAAGGAGGGAGUUUAAUGAACCUUUUUUUUUUUUUGCCUUUCACCCUGAAGUGGACUGUUCUCCUAUUGAGCUUAUUUUGGGAGGAUCUUCUCUUACAGAUAUUACAGAAGUGGCACCUAUACCUGCCAAACAUGGGUCUGCUCUGAUUCUGCAAGCACUCCCAACUCGUUUCAAGCAGUGAUAGGGAACCUGUUGCCCUCCAGGUGUUUGUUGCCGAACCACAGAUCCCAUCAGCCCUGGCUCUCCUUGCUAGGGCUGGUGAGACUGUAGUUCAAAAAACUUUGAAGGGCCAAAACUUACUCAUGCCCACAUUAGAAGCAGAGUAGCUUAGUAUAGCUUAGUACAGUCAUACCUCAGUUUAAGUACGCUUCGGUUUAAGUACUUUCAGUUUAAGUACUCCACGGACCCGUCUGGAACGGAUUAAUCCACUUUCCAUUACUUUCAAUGGGAAAGUUCGCUUCAGGUAAAGUACUCCGCAGACCGUCUGGAACGGAUCCACUUUCCAUUACUUUCAAUGGGAAAGUUCGCUUCAGGUUAAGUAUGCUUCAAGUUAAGUACAGACUUCCGGAACCAAUUGUGUACUUAAACCAAGGUACCACUGUAUUGCAACAGAGAGUGGGAACCAAAAGAGCAGAGUUGAGAAUUAGGAAUGUCGCCGUCUAGAGAAAGGCAGUAUCAUUAAUUGCAUCAGAACAAUUGCUCCUCUAAGAGCAUUGCUGAUGCCUUUCCUCCUUGGCACUGUGUUAAAACACACCUGAAUACUCCAGACCAGCAAACUGCGAAAACUUCAGCUUUUAUAGAGGUGGGCAAACUAACUGAUGAUCAAUUAAGCAGGGGCACUUGAUUAGCAGGACCUGUCUUCUACUUAGCCCCUUAAGUCCUACGGAAGCAGUAAGGGUGUACUUAAGUUUUUCACACAUGGCUUCCCCGUUUCGGUUUCAUUUUUGUUAAAUAAAUCAUGACACGGUGUAGUA